AAUUUCAACUUAUCGCUUCGCCAGAUUCAAAUGAAAUUUCAAGCCAAAUUUCAGUAGAUUGAUGUCGUCAAAACCAUAGAAUUUCAUUUCUGAUGAACGAGCAUUUAUUUGAAAUUUUUUUUUGGCCAAUUUUUGGAUCCCCCUCUUUUGAAAACGUGAAAUUUUCAGGAGGGAGGAGGUUAUUGAACAAUUCAGCUUUGUUAUUGAAGAUAAUGAGCCAAAAAAGGAAAUAAACACAGAUCUGACAAACCCCGAAGGUAAAACCGAAGGGUCAGCAAACUUGGAACAAAAUUACAGUUCAUCAUCCAAAUCAGAUACCACAAAGCGAGUCCAACCUCCGUACCACAAAUAAUUAAGGCAACAUCUCCAGCACGGAGAUUCCCAAUUCCCAAUCAUCGAUUGGGGCAACCUCACGGCGUUUCCAAGAAGUCGAAGACACAAUUUCAUCCAAUCAUCAUCCUUCGAACGAACGGAAAAAAUGAAAUGAUAAUAAAGUUGCAUUUCUCAACCGGUGGUGAUUCAUUUAUUUCUUUUAUCUUUUCGAAUUACCGGAAUCAGGAAUGGAGAGAUCUUAGGUAAAUCCGCCUGCUCAGCCAUUCCUUUACAGUUUACACACACGAGGACCCAUGUCAGUUUGCAAACAGCCACAAACGAAUACACACACCAUCGGGCCCAUAGCAGAAUUUAAUUUUUUUUUUACCGUUAGUCGACAAUUAUGAAAUUUCACGUUGUGUUGCUGGUUGUUCAGGUUAGCUGGUGUUUACCAGUUGAGAGGACUGUUGGGCCUCCUCCAAAAAGUGCUCUGGAUUUUAUGAAACAAUAUGGAUAUCUGAAAGCGGACAAGGAGAAUUCUGCUGCUUUGUACACUGAAGAUGGGCUCAGUGAAGCUAUAAAAACCGUACAAAGAUUUGGGGCACUCAAAGAAACUGGUAGAUUGGAUAAUGCCACUUUAAAGCUCAUGUCGUCACCUAGAUGUGGUAACCCUGAUGUUCUACAUGGAAAAAGAUCCAAGAGAUUCGUAUUAGCCAAUGGAUGGAACAAAAGACAUCUUACCUACCAUGUAGCCAACUGGCCGUAUAAACUAGGAGAAGAGGCAGUUGCAAGACUGAUUGGUAAAGCCUUAAAAACUUGGGGAGAUUAUGGUAGACUGGAAUUCACAAGAAAACCAACCCCAGAUGCUGAUAUUAUAGUUUCGUUUGCUAGAGGUUACCAUAACGAUAUGUUCCCUUUCGAUGGACCUGGGUAUGUCUUGGCACAUGCCUUUUUUCCAAAUCCUGGAUCAGAUAUAGCUGGGGACAUUCAUUUCGAUCUUGAUGAAGAUUGGGUUGAAGCCAAACCCCAGGAGUUUUUGGAAAGUGGUACUGACUUCUACUCUGUAGCUUUACACGAAUUAGGACAUUCCCUUGGUUUGGCACAUUCGACAGAUGAAAACUCUAUAAUGUUUCCCUACUACAAAGGCACUGACGGAACCUCCGUUCAACUUGGCCAAGACGAUUUGAUGGCUAUGUAUCAAUUGUAUAUUCUUAGAUCAAUUCAGGAGCCUACCACUGAAUCAACCAGGAGGACCAAACCACCAAACACUAGAUCUCCAACCACAAGAACCAGACCUCGCGAACCUGCAACAAGGACUACACAAAGAGAAACAACUAGACUGUAUACAGAAAAUAAGCGCACAUAUAGUUGGAGGACAACGGAACCCACAGUUUCCACUCGUGCGCCACCUAACAGACCAACCUAUACAAACUCGAUGACACCAUCAACUCGCUAUCCAACAACUAGAACCAGAAGUACCACAUAUACCAGAAGAACAACCUAUACUACUCCAACUCCCUCAACAUUUUAUCCAACCACAAGUACUAGAAGGGAAUGGAUUACUAAAGAAACAAGUGCUAGUAGAUGGCACACUAUAACACCACCAAGCCGCAGGGAUCACACAAGUAGUUUUGGUACAUCAACAUCCAACUCGAGAUACGGUAGUACCGGUAGAGGUACGACUAGUCAUGAAAGUUCAGCUACGGUUAAUAGGAGACCAUAUUCUCCCUCGUGGUAUCCAAUAGGUUCGCAGAGUUCAACACCUCCACCGGAACCCAAUAUCUGCCAGGGGAAAUUCGAUGCUGUGGCAAAUCUACGAGGGGAAAUCUUCAUAUUUAAAGAUGAAUAUAUCUGGCGUCUUCAAGAUCUCAACAGAAGAGUCUCAGGAUAUCCGGUCCUGAUGAGACACAUGUUCCAAUAUCUUCCAGAGAAUAUAAAAAAAAUUGACGCUGCUUAUCAGAGAUCAGAUGGGAACAUGAUACUUUUUACAGGUGAUCUUUAUUGGGUAUACGACGGGACCAAUUUUAUUGAAAACAGUCCCAGGUCCUUGAUGGAUUAUGGUAUUCCUCAGGGAAUAGGUGGGAUAGAUGCAAUACAAACAUGGGAUAGGAACGGUAAAACCUACUUGUACAAAGGUGAUAGAUUUUGGAGGUUCAAUGAAACAAGUAAAACAAUAGACCCUGGUUAUCCCCAACCCAUAGAGAAAUGGGGUGGUAUCCCAAGUAACAUCGACGCAGCUUUAUCGUGGAAAGAUGGUAAAACGUAUUUCUUCAAAGAUGACCUGUAUUGGAUAUUAAACAACAGGGAUGGUAUAACGAGUGAUUCUCCCAGGUCUUCAACGAGAGAAUGGCUUGGAUGUCCCUGAAAAUAUUAGACUGAUUCAUUGGUGAUAACAUUAAGUGUUUUUUAUUUAUUAUAUUGUUCGAAUAAAAGUUGGAAUUGUU